GCAAAAAGAAGCUCUCCGCGUAUCUCUCGGGUCGAUGGAAUCAAUUCAGCAUCUUCGUCUCCCGCAUAGUCCAAUCUCGAGACUCAAUGUGAAUGUCGGUAGAAUUUGCAAUUCGCAUGCGAUGUUAACAUUCAUUCAAUCUCAAUAUCAACCUCAUAUCAAUAUGUGACCUGCUACCGAUCAGUAGUCCACUCGUCUUACCUGCACCACCUGCUUCUCAACAUGUAUCGGCUCCCUCACAGAAGCCUUCCUGGCAUCGCAGGAUGCAUCUCUCGACCGUCAAGAUCAUAUGCCACCGAGACCGCACCUACUCUCCGGACCGCCCUCUUCUUCCCCGGGCAUGGUGUGCAAAGAAAGGGCAUGACAAGACCAUGGGUCGAAGCAUUCCCUCAGAUAUGUAAACCAUUCUUGGAAGAGAUGGAUGACAUCCUGAAAUGCAAGCUCUCCACGAUCAUAGACGAAGGCCCGAUACUGCAGCUAGACAAGUCCGAGAACGCCCAACCUGCCAUCAUGGCAGCAUCCAUCAUGAUCCUGCGGGUCCUUGAGAAAGAGUUUGGAUUCAAGACGGACGAAACAGUCAACGUCACACUCGGCCAUAGUCUGGGAGAAUAUGCAGCUCUGGUCGCCGCUGGUAAUCUGGAAUACGCGUAUGCGCUCGACCUUGUCCGGAGACGUGGGGAAGUCUUCGGAGAAUGCACAAGAAAAGCGAAAGAGGAAUCCGGCGAAGAUUUUGGCAUGAUCGCACUGGUGUGCGAAGCAGGGACACUAGACUCGUUGGUCGACAGCGUCAAAGAGUUCCUCAGCCACGGAACCGAAGGCACAAAAGAUGACUCGAGUGCUUUGCCGGCCAUCCAGCAAGUGUCCAUUGCCAACCUCAAUUCCAAGAAUCAAAUCGUCCUCAGCGGAAGUUUUCAGCGUAUCCGAAACCUGCUGGUCCAUAUCCGCCAUUUUGGAGGCCACGACCCUCGAGCCGUCGAGCUCAAGUCUCGAUCAGCCUUCCACAGUCCCAUCAUGGAGCCUGCAUAUGAGUUUAUGAGGAAGGCUUUGACUCCUGACAAAGUAAUAUUUCCAGGCCGAGUACCCUGUAUCAGCAAUAUCACAGCCCGCCCCUUCGAGUCUAAGGAAGACCUCAUACAAAACCUGUCAUACCAAGCCGUAGGCACCAUAAACUGGUGGGGCUCAAUCAAGUACUUGGAUAAACAAGCCGGCACUCGUCGAUGGCUUGGUGUUGGUCCUGGAAAAGUGGGACGGAAUUUGGUCUCUAAGGAAGUUGGACGCUCUUCCGCGAAAGGAGGCGGAGUCUGGUCCAUCACUGAACCAUCAGAAGUAGAAGCAGCUUUGCGAGACUUGGAAGCGACUGCCAAAGAAGACCUCCAGUGAAUAUUGGCGGAGGGCGAACGGCUUGGCAUGAGAGAAGAACAACUCCUCCCCUGCGGCGAAGACCUGAAACAGCACAACAAGUACCCUGUGUCGAUGGAGAAGACAACACCAGCUUGGACGAAAUUGAAGGGCGAUUUCAUGGAAAGACCACCAAGAGAGACGUUGCGCCUCAGAAGCCAGCAGGCAACAAUGUUCGGAGGACCAUUGGAGGCUGUGUUUCCACUUACAGUGGCACCAUAGCAGCAAUCGUUUGGAACCGGGACGAAAAUGCAAGUUUAUUAUUGCUAUUCCCAAAUUAUGUUCCUAAUCGCCCAAAACCCUCGGAGUGAGUUCAGGUCAAACUACUUGCCCCCGUGGCCUAGUCGAAAAAGUAGAAGGCGGCUCACUCCCAGGCGAGAUCCGAGUUCGAACCCCCGACCGAUCGAUAUUUACACGCACGUCCAGGUCCUCUCUGGGGUUCUACUUGAACUGACAAACUAGCAUCGGGCUAGAAGGC